AUGAGAAUUAUAAAAAGAUAUAUUAGCAAGGGCGAAGGCUAUUUAACUUUAGUUCCUACUGAGGAAGAAGAUUACUGGCACAUUUAUAACUUAGUUUCUAACGGUGAUAUUGUCCGUUCUGCAACUUUCAGAAAGAUAACCAAGGAGUCAAAGACAGGAGUUAAAGAUGUCAUUAAAAAGAAAAUUACUCUCACUUUGAAGAUCGUUGCUAUUAAUUACUAUGCAGGCGAGUUCCUGCAACUUUCUUUGAAGGGAAGAAACAUAAAAGAAAAUGAUUACCUAAAGAUGGGUUAAUUCCAUACUUUUAAUUUAGAAUUAGACUAGCAGAUUACUAUCAUUAAAUAAAAUUGGGAUUCUUUCCAUUUUAAGAUUAUUAAGGAUAUUUCUGACCCUACUCAUGAUUCAGAACUAGCUGCAUUUGUUAUGGAUGAAGGAAUAGCACAUUUGUGUUUCAUAAAAUCUUCAAUUACAAUAAUGAAGCAUAAAAUAGAAAAGCACAUACCUAAGAAGAAGAGUGGAGCCGAGCAACAUGACAAGGCAAUGGAAAAGUUCUUCGAAACCUGCUUUGAGUAUUUGGUAACUGUUAAUUAUGAUUAAAUAAAGUGCCUUGUUAUUGCUUCUCCUGGUUAUGUGAAAGAUGAUUUCUACAAAUAUAUAUAAGAUUAGUUGCAGAGAGCGGAUCUAGCUGCAUUCAACAAGAGGUCAAACUUCCUUUAAAAGAUAGUCAGAGCUAAGUCAUCAACAGGAUAUUUGAAUAGUUUAAGUGAAGUAUUGAGUGACCCCACUAUCUAAGAGUAGUUAAAAGAUACAAAGGCUAUCAAAGAAGUGAGAGCUCUAGAUGAUUUUUACAAGGUUAUGAGUAAAGAUCCUGAUAUGGUUUGCUAUGGAUAAAAGCAUGUAUUUAAAGCAUACGAAGAUAAUGCUAUUUAAACCUUACUUUUGAGUGACAGUCUUUUUAGAAUUAAAGAUUUGAGUUAACGUAAAAAAUUCAAUAAUUUGAUCGAUGACACUAAGAAGAAGGGAAUUGACUCUUUGAUUUUCUCUAGUUUGCACAGUAGUGGAGAAAAAUUAAAUAAUUUAACAGGUAUAGCAGCUAUCCUUAGAUAUCCUAUCCCUUAUGAAGACGAAGAGAUGGAGUAAUCUGAAGAAAUAGUUGAAAAUUUUAGAGUAAAGAUAGAAGAAAGAGAAGAAGUCGAAGACGAAAAAUCCAUUAUGGGAGAUGAUGAAAAAUUAGAAGCUGAAAGAAUAGCAAAAGAGUUAGAAGCAUUUUCUUUAGAUAAUUUAGACGAAGAACAAAAGCAAGAUGAAGACGAAAAUCUUUGA